GUCCAGCUCUCCCACGUCAGCUCUAUGACUCAGAACAAAUCUCUUAAUCUUAGUAAACUUUCAUUUUCUCAUUUAUAAGACUAAUAAUUGUAAUCUCUGAAUUAUUCUGACUAGUAAGUGAGUUUUUGUGGGAAGAACUUAACACCUGACAUACUCCAUAACUGUCCCUUCUACCUUAGAAUGAGAGGUAGUCAGCGAGCCCUUGCCAUACCCCUCUCCAAGAACACGUUGUGCAAGCAUCUCUUCAUUCCUUCAACAACCUUUUGCCAUUAGUUUAUUAGAAUUAAAGAUUGUAAGAGAGGGCUAACAUAGCCACUGUCCUGUGCCUAAUGAGAAGCGUUACUGAGAACCAGAGGAAGGUCCUUAUUUUUAGCCCCGGUGACACACGAGUUCUCAGAAGUAACAGGAGGAAGAAGAAGGUAAAUGUUACAGCCACCAAGUAGACUGUGAAAGGCCUCAGGGGAAAGUGAUAAACGAACCAUGAUCGAGAAGUAAAGGGGGAGAAAUGUUGGGAAGCUAAGGCAGGCGCUGUGCAUUGCGGAGAGCAGAGAGCGUUCAGACAGGAUGGGUGGGUGACUAAGAAGAGAGUAAAGGAAGAUGGAAGAGAUGAGUCACACUGUGAGGCUUCCUCUGGGCAGCUGCACGCUUGCAUCGAGUACAAGAGAGAAGUUCACAGAAGAAACCGUCCCAGCGUUAAUCAUGAGUGUGAGGAGGUUUCCCUCGCGGUUGGCUUUCUAUUUAUCUUCUGCUUCUCUAUAUUAUUCCAAGCCAAAAUAUUUCAGGUUGACAAAUUUGCAAUGGAGUUAGAACGGAACCGGAAUUUGAACAAUACCAUAGUUCAUGUUGACAUGGACGCUUUCUAUGCAGCUGUGGAAAUGAGGGACAACCCGGAACUGAAGGAUAAACCCAUUGCUGUAGGAUCCAUGAGCAUGUUGGCUACUUCGAAUUACCAUGCAAGGAGGUUUGGUGUCCGUGCAGCCAUGCCAGGAUUUAUUGCUAAGAGGCUCUGCCCACAACUUAUUAUAGUGCCCCCAAACUUUGACAAAUAUAGAGCUGUGAGUAAGGAGGUUAAGGAGAUACUUGCUGAAUAUGAUCCCAAUUUUAUGGCCAUGAGUCUGGACGAAGCCUACUUGAAUAUAACACAGCACUUGCAGGAAAGGCAAGAUUGGCCUGAGGACAAAAGAAGAUACUUCAUCAAGAUGGGAAACUACUUAAAAAUCGACACACCCAGACAGGAAGCUAACGAGCUGACUGAGUAUGAGCGGUCCAUCUCCCCGCUGCUUUUUGAAGAUAGUCCUCCUGAUUUGCAACCCCAAGGAAGUCCUUUCCAACUGAACUCUGAAGAACAAAACAAUCCUCAAAUAGCCCAAAAUUCAGUUGUUUUUGGAACAUCAGCUGAGGAAGUGGUAAAGGAAAUUCGCUUCAGAAUUGAACAAAAAACAACGCUGACAGCCAGCGCAGGCAUCGCCCCCAAUACAAUGUUAGCAAAAGUGUGCAGUGAUAAGAAUAAGCCAAACGGACAGUACCAGAUCCUUCCCAGCAGGAGCGCGGUGAUGGACUUCAUCAAGGACCUGCCUAUUAGAAAGGUUUCUGGGAUAGGAAAAGUUACAGAGAAAAUGUUAAUGGCUCUCGGGAUUGUUACUUGCACAGAACUCUACCAACAGAGAGCGUUGCUGUCUCUCCUUUUCUCUGAAACCUCUUGGCAUUAUUUUCUUCACAUCGCGCUGGGUCUAGGUUCAACAGACCUGGCAAGGGAUGGAGAAAGGAAAAGCAUGAGUGUUGAAAGGACAUUCAGUGAGAUAAGUAAGACAGAGGAACAGUACAGCCUGUGCCAAGAACUGUGCGCUGAGCUCGCCCACGACCUCCAGAAGGAAGGACUUAAGGGAAGAACCGUCACCAUUAAGCUGAAGAACGUGAAUUUUGAAGUAAAAACUCGUGCAUCUACCGUUCCGGCCGCCAUUUCUACUGCAGAGGAAAUAUUUGCCAUUGCCAAGGAGCUGCUAAGGACAGAAGUUAAUGUGGGUUCUCCACACCCCCUGCGGUUAAGACUGAUGGGUGUCCGAAUGUCUACUUUUUCCAGUGAAGAUGACAGGAAACACCAACAAAGGAGCAUCAUUGGUUUCUUACAAGCUGGAAACCAAGCUUUGUCAUCUACUGGGGAUAGUCUAGACAAAACUGACAAAACUGAGCUUGCAAAGCCCUUAGAAAUGUCUCAUAAGAAGAGUUUCUUUGAUAAAAAGCGAUCAGAAAGAAUCUCCAACUGUCAAGACACAUCCAGAUGUAAAACUGCGGGUCAGCAAGCUUUACAGAUCUUGGAACCAUCCCAAGCAUUAAAGAAGCUGAGCGAGAGUUUUGAAACAUCAGAGAAUUCAAAUGACUGUCAGACAUUUAUAUGUCCAGUUUGCUUUAGGGAGCAAGAAGGUGUCAGUCUGGAAGCCUUUAAUGAACAUGUAGAUGAGUGUCUUGAUGGACCGUCAACCAGUGAGAACUCAAAAAUAUCCUGUUACUCACAUGCUUCCUCUGCAGACAUUGGUCAGAAGGAAGAUGUACACCCCUCUAUUCCACUGUGUGAGAAACGGGGGCAUGAAAAUGGAGAGAUCACUUUAGUAGAUGGUGUAGAUCUAACAGGGACGGAAGACAGAUCAUUGAAAGCAGCAAGGAUGGACACUCUAGAGAAUAAUCGCAGCAAAGAGGAAUGUCCUGAUAUUCCAGACAAGUCUUGUCCUAUAUCACUGGAAAAUGAAACCAUCAGUACAUUAAGUAGGCAAGACUCUGUCCAGCCUUGUACAGAUGAGGUAGUAACAGGACGAGCUCUAGUGUGUCCUGUUUGUAACCUAGAACAAGAGACUUCUGAUCUUACCCUCUUCAACAUACAUGUGGAUAUUUGCUUAAAUAAAGGUAUUAUCCAAGAACUGAGAAAUAGUGAAGGUAAUUCAGUUAAACAACCCAAAGAAAGCUCGAGAAGUACUGACAGACUUCAGAAGGCUUCAGGAAGGACCAAAAGGCCAGGAACGAAGACAAAGAGCUCAACUUUGAAGAAAACAAAGCCCCGAGAUCCCAGACACACCCUUGAUGGAUUUUUUAAAUGAACUUUGAACAUUUUAUCAACGUUUAUCAUUGAAAUUAUUAUUUUCAUAGUCAAUAUAUUUAUUCUUCCUCAUUUUAAAUGUAUUCCUUUAAGGAAGACAAGUGCAAUAAUGCCUCCCCUACGUGACCUUUUUAAGAAUGUAGACUGAAUAUUAAUUUAUUUCAUUUAUGUUUUCCUUAAUAGCCAUGAGAAUUUCAUUCCCAGUAUAUAUAUAUAUAUCUUAGUUGGAAAUCAGUCGUGUUAGAGACAGUGUAAGAAGUGAGGUCAGAAAGUGAUGCGUUAUUUUAUAAUGGAUAUAAAAUAUUUCCAAGGACUCUGAGCCACAUGGAGCAACCUCACCAUCAGCUCCUCCAUGCUUAGUCACCAUGGUGCCAUUGAUGCUUCCGUACCUACCUGUGUGCAUCUCUGUGUCCUGUGAGCAGAUGCAGUUAGAAUCGGCCAUGAUGUCCAUGAAGAACAUUAGCUUAACAUAAAGAGUGUGGGCAUGGCUGUUCCCUUCAGGAAGGUGAUGCACAGUAUUAUCUGUGUUCAGAGGACCUGUCCAAACCUGUGAUUUGUAUUCUUACUUAUCUUACAUAUAAGCACUUGGUUCACAUAAAUAUUUAGUCCAUAAUUCAAAAUCUUUUUUUUAACUCAGUACUUUAAAUGGCAGUAUUUAAUUUCUUAACAUUUAUAUUUGACUACAAAUCUGCAGUAAACAAGGUAAGUUGUGUAGUUGCCUGGUUUUCAUUCCCCUCUUUAGGAGAAAAUAGACACCUCAGAAGAUGUGCCCUGAGGAGUCACUGCACUUACCGUAGCUGCUUCUCUGUCGUCUCUGCUAAUUGUUGUGGGAGAAAGAUUUGCAGCAAUUCAGAGGUUGCUGCAGAUGUAGUACCACCCACAAGUUCUUACCAAAAAGCCCUUCCUGCUACUACUUUAAGAACUGAAUUCUGCUGGGUUGUGGUGGUGCACGCCUUUAAUCCCAGCACUGGGAGGCAGAGGCAGAGGCAGGUGGAUCUCUGAAUUUGAGGACAACCUGGUCUACAGAGUGAGUUCCAGAAAGAACAGCCUGGACCACACAGAGAAACCCUACUUCAAAACACAAAAAAGGAAAAAAAAAACCCUGAAUAUUUUUUAUAGUCUUGCCUUUGCUUAUUUUAAUGCAUUUAUUAUAGACAGAGAGAUAUUUGAUGGUCCUUAGAACCGACCUUGUAUGGCACAGUCUUAACCUGACUUUUAAUUGCUAGACUGCUUAAAAAAAUGGGCUAAAAGCUCGCUGACACACCAGACCCUUACCUGAUAUUAUACACCACAACAGUUCCAACUCUGUGGUCCUUUGGUUAUUGGUUGUGAUUUACUUAUGUAAACUAUUUAUAAAAUUAAAUUCAAUGAAACUGAUUUAAUGUAUUGAAAAAUAGAUAUUACUGUAUUAUUUUCUUCCAUCUGAAGUUUAUUUUUGUUGUUUUCAACAUUAAGUAAUAAAUUAUUUUCAUGUAGAUGCUA